AUGAGCAGUGACAAUUUUAGCGGCAAGAACGGGAUUUCCGUUGGUGAGCAGUCGUACCUGAACGGAAAGGCGAAUGGAAUUGUAGGGGCAAAUUCCAACCUAAUGGAUAACGUAAGGAUUGAUAAGAACAGCAACUCCCUCUACGUAUAUGAUAUCCCAAUUACAGAAUCUGAUUUAAGGCAACUUUUAAUUUUAAAAAGGAAAAAAGACGAAGCGGAUGUAGCAAAUGGGAGCUGCGUGGACUCAUCGGUAAAGGUUUGCCCCAUGGAAAUGCAGAAAAGGAAAAUGGAAAUCUCGAAUGUAACAUCCAAGGGAACAUGUUCUAACGUAUUAAAUUACGAACAAGGAAGCAACUGCCCAGAGGAAAAACUUAAAAUGGUUUCCCUGGUUAACUGCACGAAGUUUAUAAUAGAAAAUAGGAUUAACAAGGAUAUAGACAUACCACACAGCAACACGGUGAAUGCACUGUUUAUGGAUUACUACCAUUUGGUAAUGGCGUACACAUUCUUUAGACAGAAGAAGCAUGAACAAGAAUCCACGUUUGAAAUUUAUUUUAGGAAGUGCCCCUUUAAUGGAAAAUUUGCAAUUCUAGGGGGAGUGUACGAAGCUAUAAAGUAUAUCAAUUCGUUCCGAUUUACAGAAGCACAGUUAGGAUUUAUUAGAAAAAAAAUGUCGCACUACCAAGAUAUCGAUUUGUUCAUAAAUUAUUUGAAAGGAUUAAAUGGAAGGGAUGUGUCUCUUUAUUGUAUAGAGGAAGGGUCUAUAGUAUUUCCUCAUGAACCCUUAAUGGUAAUCCAGGGCCCAUUACUAAUAUGUCAAAUUUUGGAAAGUGCCUUACUGAAUAUGAUAAAUUAUCCAACCUUGAUAGCUACAAACAGUAUGCUUUAUAAAAUUUCUAUAAAUCAUAAACCGCUAGCCGAAUUUGGUUGUAGGAGAGCCCAAGGUCCAGAUGGUGCAUUAAGUGGAACUAGAUAUUCUGCAGUUGGCUGCGACUUCACAUCGAACGUGUAUGCUUCCUUCCUUUAUGACAUUCCAAUAAUAGGAACCAUGUCCCAUUCUUUUAUCUCUUCUUAUCAGCAUGGCGAAACCUUGCAUAGCAAAUACCUAGACAACCAUGACUUCCUGAGCAUUGUACAAAAGAACAAAGAGAUCAUCCACAAACUUUACAACUGUGAAUUGGCAAAAGAGAGUGAAUUGACUGCCUUUGUCGCAUUUGCGCAAAUUAACCCCAAAAUUUUUAUCUGCCUUAUAGAUACGUAUGACUCUUUAAAAUCCGGAAUUUACAACUUUUUAAUCGUUGCCUUAUCUUUGCAUGAAAUAAAUUACAAGCCAAUUGGAAUCAGACUCGAUUCUGGCGAUUUUAGUUACCUCACAACGGAGUGCAAAAAAAUAUUUAAUGAUGUAUCUGAAAAAUUAAAUGUCCCAUUUCGUGAUUUAAAAAUAUGCAUUAGUAACGAUCUUAACGAGCAAGUAAUAAAAGAAUUACAGGCACAAGAGCACCAUGUGGACAUUUUUGCCAUUGGCACAAACCUAAUCACAUGUCAAUCGCAGCCUUCUCUAGGACUUGUAUACAAGCUAGUCGAGAUUAACAACCACCCCUGUUUUAAAUUAACAAAUGAAAAUAAAAAAGCUAAUUUUCCCUACCGAAAGAGGGUCUACCGAUUAUACACAGAUGAUAAUUUAGCUUCUCAUGAUAUCAUCCAACAUUUUGAUGAAGCACCCCCUUCUGAGAAUCAACAAAUUGUCUGUGUAAAUGUCAUGGAUGGAAAUAAGCAAUUUUCCAUUAUCCCCAAAAAGGUUGAAGAGAAAUUGCGUCUUAUAUGGGACCACGGAAAAUUACUAACUCAGUUAAAAACUGUCACAGAAUUGAAGCAGUACACGCAUAGUGAUAUAGCUAGAUUUAAGAAGGAGCAUUUCUUUACUUCCUCUCCGCUUCCUUACGAUGUUCUCUUUUCUUUGAACUAUCACAAAAUGUAUGAAAAGUUGCUCGUAAA